AUGCUCCUUAACAUAAGGGAUUUACUGAAGAAGAAAGACAAAAUGCCUUUCAAAGGGCUUGGUUCAUUGAAAGAAAGAUUUUUUAACCCAGGAAAGGAAGAGGUGAAGAACACCAUUAGUGACUCGCUGGGGAACCUGAGAAGGAAGAUUGAUGGCACCAACGUGGAGGAGGAGCCCCUUGAGCUGACGGCGGAGGGGCGGCCUGUGCCGGCCAGCAGCCGCCGGCCAGAGCUGUGCGAGUGCUACUGCUGUGGCCUGCCCAAGCGCUACAUCAUCGCCAUCAUGAGCGGCCUGGGCUUCUGCAUCUCCUUCGGCAUCAGGUGCAACCUGGGCGUGGCCAUCGUGGAGAUGGUCAACAACAACACUGUCUAUGUCAAUGGAAAGCCAGAGCUGCGGACAGCCCAGUUCAACUGGGAUCCAGAGACUGUAGGACUCAUUCAUGGCUCUUUUUUCUGGGGUUACAUUGUGACACAAAUUCCAGGAGGGUUCAUCUCAAACAAAUUGGCUGCUAACAGGGUAUUUGGGGCAGCUAUCUUUCUAACAUCUACACUGAACAUGAUCAUCCCUUCUGCAGCAAGAGUGCAUUAUGGCUGUGUGAUGUUUGUCAGGAUUCUUCAAGGUUUGGUGGAGGGUGUCACGUACCCAGCCUGCCAUGGGAUGUGGAGUAAGUGGGCCCCGCCGCUGGAGAGAAGCAGGUUGGCUACCACUUCGUUCUGUGGGUCAUACGCAGGUGCGGUGGUGGCCAUGCCCCUGGCAGGUGUGCUGGUACAGUAUAUAGGAUGGUCAUCAGUCUUUUAUAUUUAUGGAAUGUUUGGGAUUGUUUGGUACGUGUUUUGGCUGCUUCAUGCCUAUGAGAGCCCUGCUGCCCAUCCAACAAUAACCAAUGAAGAAAGGACAUAUAUAGAAACAAGUAUAGGAGAAGGAGCCAACCCAGCUAAUGCAAGUAAAUUUAGUACUCCCUGGAAGAGAUUUUUCACUUCAAUGCCAGUUUACGCAAUCAUUGUGGCAAAUUUCUGCAGAAGCUGGACCUUCUAUUUGCUCCUUAUAAGUCAGCCUGCUUACUUUGAAGAAGUCUUUGGAUUUGCAAUAAGCAAGGUUGGCCUUUUGUCAGCAGUUCCUCACAUGGUCAUGACAAUCAUUGUGCCCAUCGGAGGGCAGCUAGCUGACUUCUUACGGAGCAGGAAGAUCUUAACCACUACCACUGUAAGGAAGGUCAUGAACUGUGGAGGCUUUGGGAUGGAAGCAACCUUGCUUUUGGUGGUUGGUUAUUCUCACACAAAAGGUGUGGCUAUUUCCUUUCUGGUGUUAGCAGUAGGCUUCAGCGGCUUUGCAAUUUCAGGGUUCAAUGUGAAUCACUUGGACAUAGCCCCUCGUUAUGCCAGCAUUCUGAUGGGGAUCUCCAACGGCGUGGGGACGCUGUCAGGAAUGGUGUGCCCGCUCAUUGUUGGUGCAAUGACAAAACACAAGACCCGUGAAGAAUGGCAGAACGUCUUUCUGAUUGCAGCCCUGGUGCAUUACAGUGGUGUGAUAUUCUAUGCUAUCUUUGCUUCUGGGGAGAAGCAGGAAUGGGCUGACCCCGAAAACCUCAGUGAAGAGAAAUGUGGCAUAAUUGAUCAGGAUGAACUGGCUGAAGAAACAGAGAUGAACAAUGAAACUUUUGUAAGUCCAAAGAAAACGUAUGGUGCUACCAGUCAAAACAGUGAAGUACAGAGAAGGGAAUGGAGGAAGAAAAAGCAAGUCACUCAAGACAUCGAGGAACAGACUUCUUACCAUUAUGAAAAUGGAAAUUUUCAAGAUUUGUCUUAAUACUUGAAACUGUAAGAUUUGUAUAGCUACUCCCAUGACUCCUACCAUCUGCCC